CUCGAAAUGUAUAUACAUUUUUGGUCAUUCUUCCAAACUGUACGGAGCAUGGCCCCAAAAGGGAAAAAGGGAAAACCAUCGGAUGGUAUAGUUGAUAAAAAGGAUUCUAAUGAUAAAAAUGUUAAAGACAAAAAAAAAGGUGGUCCAGCCGGUAAAGGAACUCGAGAGACAGUAGAAAAUAAAACGGAGCCCAAUACUCCUUCUCGUCCUACAGCUAAGCAAUUGGUGGGGGGAAGUUCAUGGACUGGUAAAAUCCCUGUUGUAUUAUUAAAUGAGCAUUGCCAGAAAAGUAAAUGGGAAAAGUCGGAUAUACAGGUGAAACAAACAAAAUCCAAACAAUAUAUAUUCACUUCCGCACGCUUAUCGAAAAGGGAUCCAAAAAACUCAUCUGUUUUUGAUCAUGUUAACCUGGCUCCUCCCAAGGCCUUUUACGAAAAAGGCUAUUUUCCUGAAAAAGAAACGUUGGUAGAGGCCAGAAAUGUCGGAGCUGUAUACGCAUUACACAGAGUUCUGUCCCAUAAAUCUUUACAGCAUGCACUUCCUCCAAACUAUAGAGAUAUAUGGUUAAAUUUGGAAAAACAGAAAAAAGAAGAUGUCAAAAAUAAUAGACAGUAUCUUUAUCACGAGGACCCGUUUAAAGCUGCGAAAGAACGCGAAGCAGAAAUUUCUGCGAGUAAACAAGCCUCAGCAAAACCACCUGUUCAAAGACUUCCCAAACCUUCAUUCUCUUCUACAGAAGGAACUCGUCUUUCAGGAUUUUCCCAGUACGAUUUCAAACAUGCUGUUACUCUCAACAUGAGCCUUAAUCAUCGUCAGUCUAUAGAAACUCUCUUACGCUCGUUAAGCAUCUGGGAUGGAUACGAGAAAAAAGAGGUUCUAGAAAGUCUUAAAGAACUUUUAGUAAAAGAUUUAGUAAGUUUGGGAUUUCGAGACUUACAUGCAAAGGAAGCAUGUCAGUAUUGCUCGUCCUUAGAGGAAGCACUAGAGUGGUUGAUUAUUCAUGUUCCAGAGGAUGACCUUCCUGAAAGAUUUCUGCCUUCUGAUUAUAAUGUUGGUGUUAGCAUUCAAAAUAAUAACUCUGAGACACUUGCUAUUCAUUACAAUGCAAAACGCCUUGGAGAUGCUGGCUACAAUUAUGACUUUUCUUUCUCUGUCCUCCAAAGAUUCAGAAAUGAUUUGGCACUUGCCGCAGAAUAUUUACAAUUCCAUCUUGUUGGUAAGGAAUUUCCUGAUAAACCUGAAUUUUCCAGCGAUUCAAUUACUUUCUUUAAGGAAGAAGCAGAAGCGCUUCAAUCAAUAUACCAAAGUAAAGUUUCUGUACAAGAGGAUUCUUGUAAAAUUAAGCUCAAUUCACCGUCCGACGAAUUUGGGCAGAUAUAUAUUGAAUUUAAAUUGCCUGCUAGUCCUUAUCCUCAAAACAUACCUAUAAUAUUUAUAUCUUCAACUAAAAGAAUGGCAUCCUAUAUAAAGCUAAGUAUAGUGAGAAAGCUACUUCUUUAUGCUCAUAAUUAUGUUGGAGAACCUAUGCUUGACAUUUUAUAUGAUUAUUUGCAGGAAAAUAUUACCAGUUUUCUAAAGAAUCUUGAACCUUUAUUAAGUCUUUCGUCGGUUACAAUUGGAACGGAUGUAUCGAAGACUAAAGAUGUUAUCUCCCAUAUGCAAAAAGAAAGCAAAAUGCCGAAAUUAUUUAAACGUGACCCCAAAAUGGAUAGAAAGGUCUAUCAAAUUUGGUUAGAUAGACAAAAGAGCCCAGAAUAUUUACGAAGAACGAAAGAUAGAGAAACCCUUCCUGCUUUCAAGUCAAAAGAGACUAUAUUAUCGUCCUUACAAAGCUGUCAGUCCAUAGUUAUAAGUGGUGAGACUGGAAGUGGUAAAUCUACGCAAGUAGUUCAAUUCAUUUUGGAUCAUUUUCUCUCGGAAGGUCGCGGUAAUGUCGCUAAUGUUGUUUGUACUCAACCUAGAAGAAUUUCAGCAAUCAGUUUAGCUGAAAGAGUUUCCUUUGAAAGAACUACUGCUUUGGGAAGUGAAGUUGGCUAUAGUGUACACGGAGAUAAAUGUAUUUCGCAAGAAACCUUAUUAGAAUUUUGCACUACUGGUUUGUUACUGAGAAGAAUCCAGUUGCAUGGCUUAGCGUAUCUUCGUACUCUAUCAUGCAUUGUUGUUGACGAAGUCCAUGAAAGAUCCAUUGAUAACGAUAUACUUCUUGCCUUACUAAAGCUUAUUAUACCUCGCAUACCCAACUUGAAGAUUGUGCUUAUGAGUGCAACAGUGAACGCUGAAAGCUUCAUGUCGUAUUUUCCAAAGUCUAAGCAUUUACAUAUUGAAGGCAGAACGUAUCCCAUUAGAGAUCUUUAUAUUGAAGAUUUCAAUUUCAUAAGCGAUGAGGAUUCAAACAACGAAAUUACGAAAAAAAGAAAUGGUUUCUACGAAGUGGACUAUAAUCUUAUUUCCCAGCUCGUAAACCAUAUUAAUUCUGAACUCGGCUUGAAUAAGGGUAGCAUUCUAAUAUUUCUACCAGGAGUUUCAAACAUUAACCGUUGUAUGCAAGAAAUUAAACGGAAAUGUGGUGAUGGUUUUGAAAUUCUUCCUCUUCAUGCUUCUUUGAAUACUACGGAUCAAAGGAAAGUUUUUAAGUCUUAUAAGAAAAGAAAAGUCAUUUGUUCAACAAAUGUGGCAGAGACUUCGAUCACAAUCAACGACGUAGUGGCGGUUAUUGACAGUGGAAGGGUGAAACAGAUUGACUAUGAUCUCGAUCGGGAUUUAGUUACGUUCAAAGAGACAUGGGCAUCUAGAGCUGCUUGCAGACAACGAAGAGGUAGAGCAGGUCGUGUUCAAGAAGGAAUAUGCUUCAAAUUAUACAGUAGGGGAUUUGAGAAAAAAGGAAUGGCUGAUGAGACUCCCCCGGAUGUUCUUCGAACAGCCUUGUCACAGGUUUGUUUAAGCGUCAUACCUUUAGUAAGCCGUUUUAUCAGCGGUAAAGAUGCAGACAGACAAGGUGCUGUUAAAAAAUUUAUGCAGUACCUUUUAAGUCCUCCUACUGAUCAAGCAGUGGAUACUGCCAUAGAGAAGUUAAUUCAGGUUGGUGCGUUAACUGAAAAUGAAGAACUCACUGGAAUGGGAGAGUAUUUGGUUGCUCUACCAAUAGAUUUAAAGCUAGGAAAACUUUUAGUUUUAGCCUCCAUAUUCGGAUUCACUGAACCUGCUUUAAGUAUCUCGGCAGUAUUGUCUUCGAAGUCCCCAUUUUUGCAUGACGAUGGUGCACGAGAUAUAAGAUCUAAUCUAAGUAAUGGUUGGGGUGAUGUCCUAACAGAUGCUAAAGCAUACGACCAGUGGAAUGAGAUUAUGAAAAAUAGCGGUUUGAAAAAAGCAGCUCAAUGGUGUCAUGAUAAUCAUAUUUCUGUUUUAAGUAUGCAACAAAUAAGACAAAACAGGUCAGAAUUAAGCGAUGCUAUACAAAUGUUGAAACUUGUGAUUAAUCUGAAGUACAAUGAAUUCUCAUGGAAUUCUAGUGAGGAUUUAUCGCUUCUUUCAGCUAUAAUUGCUGGUGCAUUGCGACCAAAUAUCGUGAAAUGCGCUUACCCAGACAAAAAGUACGUGUCUUCAUCUUCUGGCUCAAUUGAGGUUGAUCAAGAGGCUCGUUUAACCAAAUUUUUUGAUCAAUCUAAAAACAGGUUGUUUAUUCAUCCGACAAGCGUGAUGUUCAGCAAUUCACCGAAUCCAUCCAAGACUACAUUUAUAGCUUAUGAACGAAAGGUAGAAACUACGAAACCAUUUCUGCAGAAUUGUACUCCUAUCAAUACGUUUGGGAUGGCUUUGCUUGGGACAAAUGACAUUAUAGUGGAUCCUUUAGGAAAGGGCUUAAUUCUUGAUAAUGCUUUUGCUGUGAAAGCUUGGCCGAAGGUUGUGAUUCUACUUAAAUUGCUUAGACGCUAUUUGGAUUUUGCUUUGCAUCAAAGAUUGGAGUCUAAUCAAAAGGUAUAUUACGAAGAUGAUAUUCGCAGAUGCAUACAGUCAUUGAUUGCCAGUAAUGGCACUUAACUGCUUUUGCGAGCAAGAAAAAUAAACUUUUUGGAUGAAUACGUUUGUAUCUUUUCUCUUUUUUGUCUUUCGUGUCGUAUCUUUCAAUAUUGACUUAAAAGUUCGUAUUUGUAUUUAUUGAAAUUUAAAAAAAAAAAUAAGAAACAAGUGCUGAAGAAGCUAUAUCAUUCAGUUCGGUGCAUCCAUAUUUGUUUGAAUGAGAGUUGUAUCAAAAUGAACCAUCGUGUG